UGAACAGCGAGAUCGGAGUCAACUCGGUAUGGAGAUAGUCUAUCUCCUGUGUUCCAUCUUAUCCGCUUGUAUCUCCUCCGUCGUCCUGUCUCUACUCCUCCCAUUUCGCUGCCUCCUCCGCCGUGUCUCCGCCUCCGAUGACACUCGAAGUUUUAUCACACUAUACCAAGGCACGGUCUGGCACGAGCGUCGACGGCCUGUCCACCACUCAUUCCAAUACACCGUCCGCUAUGCGCUCAUUGACCUCGACGGCGCAAUUCACGCGCCGCCCGACCACCUCUCCGCAGACGAGGCUCGUCGCACUGCUGAGACUAAUGGACCGGUUUUUUUGCUGACAAUACCUCCCAGCGUGGGAUAUGAACAAAAUCCUUUGAAUCUGUACUAUUGUUAUGACAUUGAAAGCUCUGGAAGAACUUUGAGGAAAUGCAUUGCUGAGGUUACCAACACACCUUGGGGUGAAAGAGUGACAUUUGUAUUCAAUCCAAAAUCUGACUUUGUGCCGAAAUCCUUACAUGUCAGCCCUUUCAUGGAUAUGCUUGGGAACUGGAGCAUGAAAGCUAGCGAUCCGGGCGACAAUUUGCAUGUCGUAAUAUCAGUGCAACACCCUGAACUUGGUAACUACUUCACUGCAUCAUUGACAGCCAAAAGAGUCCCCCCUUCCUCUUCCACUAUGGAUCAUUCACGAUUCUUUUGGUUGAUGCCCCAUAGGGUAGCAUUAUGGAUAUAUUGGCAUGCUCUUAAGCUCUGGUGGAAGAACGUUGCGUUCAUCCAGCACCCGAGAUAUGACAAUCCAGCAUACAGACAAGAAGCUUUACUACGGGACAAAAAUAUUCGACAUUGCCCGUCAUUUAGCAACGACACAUCCCACAACCUUCGAGAACAUGAUAGUGAGAAGCCGCAGCCACGGUGCUUCACUUGGCAGGAUGCUCCGUGGCCAUGGUCCUGAAAUAAAUUGUCACCAAGAAUCAUAAUCAGACAUACUGUUGUAUGUAUGUAUGUAUGUAUAUGUAUAGAUCUUAUCUUUGUUUGUGUAGCAGAGAGAGAUCAAAUGCUUAUUGAAAAUGUGACCAAACUAUUGCAUUCGUGUGCUGCAGAAACAUGGAAACGUGCAGAGCCAAGUGUUUUCUUUUGUUUUUUUUCA